AUGGAACCUACUCGUGUUAUUGCCAUUGAUUAUCUCAAUGAAUAUGACCUUGGGAAAUUUAUGGAGAAAUACAGUCAUUCUAGUCAAGAUAAACAACCCCUCUCCCAGCAUCCUUACACUAACACGUUGUCUACAUUUCUUGGAAAUUCCCCUUUUUCUACACAAGCUGAACCAAGAAGAGAUGGUGGAAAUGAACCAGAGAAAAUAAUAGCUGAUCCAUUUAAAGUAAAAGGUCCUGGCCUUAUCCAAAUGCAUUGUAAUAAUUGUCAGUUUCGUCAUUCAUCACAACAUAAUGCUAAAAUCUCUGAAGAGCCAAUACAAAAAAUGAAAGAAGAACGUUUUGGGAUUGUCCAAGCAUUAAGUGAUUGUUAUCGUAUCCGAAAAGACAAAGUCCAAUUAAGUCAACAAGACACAACAGAUUUUGACCAAGAUACUAUCAUAUCAUCUCAAGAGCUCAAAGAAAGAGAAGAAGUACAGCCAGUAAAAGGAGUCAAUACCGUUCCAAGAAAAACAACUCAAUUAGUGUUACAAAAAAAACCUAGUAUUAUUGUCUCAAUCCCUUCAAGAAAAACUAUUGAAUCUUCACUUAUUCACACCAAAACAGAUUGCAUACCAAUGUCAAGAGAAAAUUCAAGUAAAAGUUUCCUAACAAAACAGCAACAAUCUUCUUCUUUAGUUUCAUGUAAAACAAACAGUUAUCCAAUUGUUCAACCAGUUUUGAAACACCAACACACAAUGGUUGUUCCAACCAAAAGACUUAGUUUUGGUGACAUUGACGAUGAAGUUCUCACUGAGGUACCUCAAAAAGAUAAUUUUGCUAUUUCUCCAACUCCAAUAGUUGAAAACCUUCCUGAUCUUUCAGACAUUGAAUUUGAAGAAAAGCAAAUCCAUGAAACAAAACCUCGAAAAAAUAAGUACCAACAAAGACAAAGAAUAAGUGAAAUUAAAAAACAAGGGAACACUUACCCUACUACGUAUCAAUUUAUUAAACCAAGAAUAAGUGAAACAAUUCAAUUGUCAGAAACGUCAUUGUACCAUGUAAGAUCCUCUUCAACCCAAUCUAACUGUUACUCAUUACCAACAAAAGUGCAUUUAAAUUUGAAUUGUGACAUGAAAGAAGAUCCAGAUGUUUAUAUCCCACCUUCUAUUUAG